AUGGAUAUGCAAUAUAUUUUUACUGAAUUUCUUGCUCGACGAAUUUUACCAUCAUCACUAAUAAUUAGUAAUAAAAUGAUUCCAAAUCAAAUUAGAACUUUCUUUUCAACAAAAUUAACAGCAAUGGAAUGUUCUGAUUGUACACAUGUUCAGCAACUAUCAUUGAUCGAUUAUAAUCGAUCCGAAAUGGGAAUGAUCAAUUGGCAUCUUAAACCAUUUUCUUCUUUACAAUCAUUUUGUCUAGUUGAAAAUAUGUCGAAAAACAAUUAUCCAAUGACCCAUUUCACACAUGAAUUGCUUCGUGAGAUAGUUUUUGGUAUGCAGUUCACUAAAAUUAUCGAAAUUGAAUUGAUAGUAAACGAUGGCAUAAUUCUUGAUAAACAAUUACAUUCAAAUUUGCUUCUCAAACGGCUAACUAUUUCAUUACGAACAAUCGACGAUCUUUUCGUUCUACUUGAUGGUCUUGUACCUAAUUUGAUUGAAGUUGAUGUUACUUUAUGCACUGAUCAUGUCAGUCGUCGAUUAUUAUUACCAUUCAAAUCGAACAUUUUUCCAAUGGUUCAUUUAACAAAAUUUCGAUUGACUACGAAACAGGAAGUAGAAAUGAGAUAUGAAUAUUUUUUCAAUAUUGUCAAAUUUCUUAGUCAAAUCGAUACAUUAAUAAUCGAUAUAAAAAAUUGGACACAUCCUGAUUAUAUGUUUGUGCAUGGUCAUCAACUUGAAAUGAUUAUAGAUCAGUUCAUGCCUCGUCUUCAACAUUUCCAUUGUCAUAUUCGAACAGAAUGUUAUAUUGAUAUGACGACUUUUGUUGGAUUUAAUCAACGAUGGCAGAUUGCGUGUGGAAAGCCGUCCAACGGUUUUUACAGUCAUUUGUAUACGGUACCUUGGUCGUUCAAAGAAUUGGAAACAUCAAUGUUGGCCAAUGAGGAUACGAUGAGUAUUUGUCCCAAUGUUCUUGAUCUUACAGUUGACAAACCAUGUUCAAAUUUGUCUCAACGCUUUCCGAAAAUCAAUACACUCACAAUUUUAUGCAAAUGUGAGUUUAGUUCUGGUAGUUUUCCUCGACUUCGUCAUCUUACAACUAGAAAUAUAGAAAUUGUUUCAAUGAUUGGGCAAUACAUUCAUACAUUGACAUUAAUUGAAAAGCCUAAAUCUUCUACGCAUUCGACUAUUUAUCUAAAUAUUUGUCAUUUAAAUCUCGACAAUAUUCAAAUAUCUUCAUUGCAAACCAUCAUGUUACUCGUGCGAUAUUUUCAAAUCUUCGUUCACUGAAAAUUCAAUUUGAAAUGAGCAAAGAAUAUUUUGAUAGUCUCGAUAUGUUACUUGAUAAUCAACAUCUUCCUCAUCUCAUGCUACUUAAAACAAACUGGAUCGAUAGAAAUAAUAAUGUAAAGCCCGAUAUCAACUCCUGGAUUAUUGAAAAAACAAUAUUAAAAUGGCGAUCGAAACCAUUUUUGGCAUUUCGUGAAGACAACAAUUGGAUUGUUUGGCUUUGAAAUUGAUUCGGUUCUCUAUCAGAUAUGAAGAAAAACGUUUCAUUAAACAUGUAUAUAUUCAAAUAUUCGAUUUCUAUUUGAUGUUCAACAACCAUAUAUCAUAUUUAUAAUUCAUUAAUAAAAUAUAUGGUUAUGUUUCUUGCUGGUGUACAAAUCAACUGUUAUUUUAGACCGUACUGGACAAGCAAAUUCUAAGUCAUAGCAUAGACAAUAAAAGGAAUUUUUCAGAAUCAUUCUUUUCGAAGAAUAUCAAACUUUUCUAUAAACAUGUGUCAAUGUUACAUCGGAAACAUGAACAAUGCACUAUUACAUCACGAGAAUACCUUACAGAACUUUUUUACUAUUUUGUGAACUCUCUUGCCGGUAAAAACAUUUUCUUUGCAUGUUAAAAAAAAACUCACUAUAGAGUGAGAAAAUCAUUGAGGUAUUUUCGUGAUAUAAUAGUAGGUUGUUGUAACGUUUUUCUUGCAUUAUCCAAAGGAAAUAUGUUUUACGAAAUAACUAUCAACACAUCCAUUUCAUUUUCUCCUAUUGCGUUCAAUCGUCCUUAUCAUGUGCUCUGCUCUGAAAGAAAUAUUUCAAAACUUGUUUUUGGUCUUUUUUAACUAAUACGUCACCUAUGAUUGCUUCGAAUCGUCGUAUAGAUUGCGUCAAUGCAUUUGACAGAUUGCAUUGUUAAAGCUUCGCAUAAGAGAAAUAAUGAUUUGUCAUUGAAAACACGCGUUUUUUUUAUAUGUGUAAGAAAGAAACGAAACGGAUCAGAUUAGUAUUUUUCUCCGCUGAUAGGUUGAAGAAAAAAGUAAAUUCAAAAGAGAAAAGUACACAUAUUGUAAAGGAUUUUUGUUUCAUUAAAAAGUCGCUUAAUUGGUCGAUUUAGAGUCCAUUGGCUAAAAACCACCUUGGCAUACACAAUUCGAUCAUCUGAAGAUAUACCAGUGCAGAUCGAUUGUCAGCGUUUGAUGAGAGUAAUUUCACUCCGAACUUCAUCACUGUACCUAGGUCGCUCUUCCAACCCACACUAUAUAUCGACUAAAAAUUAGAAAAUCCAAAAGAUAAUUCAAAAAAGAGGAAAAGAAAUACAUUUUACUCUUUUUUUCUUGUUAGUCAAAGACACUCGAUAAUGUUCUCUCGCCACAUGCCGUACAUGCUUAUAUGUUAUAGCACGACGACUUGCCUGAUGACAUUGUACAAUAGGGGAUCGUUCAAUGCAGGAGCCAACUAAUUUUGUAAUUUUUUGAGGUCUCUCUUCUCCUUCUCGUUGAUUCUUGCUAUUUUCAAGCAGAAAACAAUGACGAAGAGAAAGUUCGUUUUACACCUGUUUAUGAAACUAGCCAUCAGCAAAGUUUGAUCGGUUGUCAUAGUAGUACUAACUACAAGAAGGUGCGAGUCGAAACAUGAACCUUCUCAACAUACAAACUUGAAAAUCAUUACACAGAAUGAUAGAUUUUGAGCUUUAUCUGAUGAUCCUUUUUUCUGUACAUCUACACUAAAUGGUGUCUUUAAUAGUUUCUUAACUGUGAAGAUUAAUACAAAACGACGGAUGCAUUUCAAGAUAAGACGCAAUCAAGGCAAUUAAUUAUAAACCUUUCUAUGAGUGUGUAUUUGUGUUAGAACUUUCACAUAUGGGCGUGGCCAUUCGUUACGGAAUUUCAAUUUUGAAUCUUCUAAGAUCCAUUUUUUCGUAGUAACAGAAGUAAACGCUCUGAAAUUUCUACUAGUAGUAGAGGCUCUCGUGAUUAACUAUAGGUAUGAUUUCUUUAAAUUUUUGUUGAAGUCCGU